CACCAGAAGUCAGAAAGUCAAAUUUCAGAAGGGGGUUGAAGAAGAGGAGCAGAUUUACGCAGCGGUUCUGCAUCUCCUCUAAACGCUCCAUAGCUCAGAAGUGUACCAAGACUGUGUGAGAGCUUCAGGAUUUAGGAUUAAUCUGGUUUAGUUUUUAUAAAAAGGCAGGUUAACUGAAGUUGAGGACUUGUUGGCUCCUGUCUCCGGCUCUUUUUUCCUUUCCUUUUUGGUUUUUUUUACGCGCAGCUUUUUACGCACCUGAGUCUAUGCAGCUUCAACAUGACUUUCAGGCAUCAGAGCGACUGAAACUAUCAUGGUGACUUUAUUUCCCGGCGUCGUACCUGCUGCUGCUGCCGCCUCUCACUGUGGAAUAACCGGAGUCCAGGUGUCUCCAGGGCAGAGCUGAUGUGGCCGUUUGGAGACGCCAGCUGGGAUCUGACAGAGCGCAGGAGUUUGGGAUGCGAGAGAAACCUUAGGGAGACGGUCCUCGGCUUCUUUCACCUGGAUUCAACUCGCCAUGGCCUCUGAAACGGUGUGCGGGCUGGUGUUCAGGCUGCUGCUGCCGGUUUGUCUCGCAGCCGCUUGCCUGUUCAGGUACAAUGCCCUGUCCUUUGUCUACCUCAUCUACCUCCUGCUUCUUCCACUCUUCCCAGAGCCCACGAGCACAACGAUGCAAGGCCACACAGGACGUCUGCUGCAGUCCCUCUGCUUCACCAGCAUGUCCUUCCUGCUGCUCCACAUCAUCUAUCAGAUUACCGUCAACAGCCUGCUGGCUGGGAACUCCAUUGCCUCCGACUUCAACUGUUCCUCGUGGGAGAAAUCCAUCAGACAAAUCGGCUUUGAGAGCGUGAUUGGGGCAGAUGCAGGAAACGGCAUCCGAGUGUUCAUCCCUGACAUCGGCAUGUUCGUGGCGGGUUUGGCCAUCUGGCUGCUGUGUCGCGGUCUGGUCCAGAAGAGGCCGCCGGAGGAGAUGGCUCAGUACAACGCCGACUUCGAAGCAGAGGAGCAGGAGGACGAGGAGAAACGGAGCCUGGACGACAACAUCCUGCUGGAGGAGGACUACGAAGCCGAGGACGAGGACGACGAGGAGCUGUAUGACGAGGAGGAGGAGGAGGAGGAGGAAGAGGAGGAGGCGAAGGAGAGCGCCAAGAUGAAGGUUCUACGGAUGGUGGCGGAAGUGGCCUCCAAAGUGAAGGAGAUCAUCGGGAACCUGAUCACCACGGCGGGGAAGGUGGUGGUCACCAUCCUGUUGGGCAUGACAGGGAUCAUGCUGCCCUCGCUCACCUCGGCUGUUUACUUCUUCCUUUUCCUCUUCCUCUGCACCUGGUGGUCUCUCCGCCGGACCUUCAACACGCUCAUCUUCAGCUGCAUGUGCGUCCUGAUGGCCAUCUUCAGCGCCGGACACAUCGUCCUUCUCUACCUCUACCAGUUCCAGUUCUUCCAGGAGUCCGUCCCCUGGGACGACGGCUACAUCAGGGCGUUUGGCUUCUCCCCCAUCAUCCAGAGCAACUGCUCGUACACGUGGAAGCUGAUGGUGCACUCGGACCGUCGGUGGUACCACUUCGUCAGCCCCAUCAUGCUGCUGGUCCUCUACUACACCCUGGCGACGCUCAUCCGCCUCUGGCUGCAGGAACCCAUCGAGCAGCUGAUGGACGACAAAGACGACGACGUGAACGAGGAGGAGGACGGAAACAACUCGGCCAACAGGAAGAGGCACAUGUGGUGGGAAUCUCGCCAGGGCACCGAUGAGAAGAACCUGCUCUCCACUCAGGACGGCAUCAGUACGACCGAGGCUGUUCCCACCUCUAACGGGACAUCGUUUGACUUCGUCACCGCUGAGAACGGACCGGUCUGUUUGGACCUGUACUCCACCCCCCAGUAUAAACUGGACCAGCCCAUGGACAGCCCAGAGAAGAAAGACGAGAGUGUGUACGAGGUGUGUUUGCCUCCGGAGGACUCAGCUCAGAAGGAAUCUGAGGCCAAAGAGAAUGACAUGAAGAAUCGAGGAGUCGGAGCGAUGGUCAAAGUCUUCCACUUCGUCAUGAAGCAGAGCUACAUCUGUGCUCUCAUCGCUAUGAUGGCGUGGAGCAUCACGUACGUCAGCUGGCUGACGUUCGUCUUCCUCAUGUGGUCCUGCAUGCUGUGGAUGGUGAGGGACCGCCGGCGCUACGCUAUGCUGACCUCCCCCUUCAUGGUCGCCUACGGCAACCUGCUCAUAGUCCUGCAGUACAUCUGGAGCUUUGAGAAGAUGGACGAGGUCUCGGGAUUCUUUGUCAAGAAGGACAACCCGUUCCACUCGCUUUCAUCCAAGAUCCUGUGUCUGUUAAGCUUCUGGCUGCUGCUGAGACAAACACUUACAGAGAGAGAAGAAAAGCUAAAGGAGGACAACACUGACCUCUUCGACGUUCAUGUGGAGGAUCAGAAGAAGAAAGAGGAAGAGGACUCUGAGGAUGGAGGGGAGCCGGACGUCAUGCAGGUCCUCGGUAACAUGGUGAUGGCUCUGCUGGUCAAAUACUGGGUCUACAUCUGUGGAGGAAUGUUCUUCUUCGUCAGCUUCGAGGGAACCAUCGUCAUGUACAAGAUCAUCUACAUGAUGAUGUUCCUGUCCUGCAUGGCGCUCUACCAGGUGCACUAUGAGCGGUGGCGAUGGAUCCUGAAGUACUUCUGGAUGUCGGUGGUGAUGUACACGAUGCUGGUGCUCACGCUGGUCUACACCUACCAGUUUCGCGGCUCUGAGCACACCUGGUCCAGGAUGCUGGGGAUGGACAGUGAGAGUUUGAAGGACCUGGGCCUGGAGAAGUUCUCCGUGUCGAUGCUGUUCACCAGGAUCUUCAUCCCCACCUCCUUCCUGCUGGUGUGUAUUCUCCACCUGCACUACUUCCACGACCGCUUCCUGCAGCUCACCGACCUCCAGGCUGUGGUGGCUAAAGAGGAGAGCACCAUCUACAGCCACGCUAAAGUCAAUGGGCGUAUCUAUUUGAUCAUGAAUAGCAUCAAAGAAAAAAUUCCCAACCAUCAGAGCAAGCUGGUGCACCAGGACGGCAGCCUGGCCGACCUCACCAUGCUCAGCGCCAGCUCGGUGGAGGCGGCGCUGCCCAGGGAGGAGGACGAGCCUCGGGACAGGCAGGAGGAGGAUGAGGGCAGCUGGGGCUCGGAGAAGGAGAAGGAGCAGGCCCUGGUGGUGGUGAUGGACAACACCUGCAUGAGUGGCGAGAAGCCCAAGAGCUUCUCCGACCCGCGACAGUCCAGCACCGAGGACAGCCAGCACUGCAGCGCCGGGACCGAGCCGGAACCGAGCACCGAACAGAGCUCAGAUCUGAAGAACAAAUGGCACCUGGUGGUCGACCGUCUGACCGUGCUCUUCCUCAAGUUCCUGGAGUAUUUCCACAAACUGCAGCUGUUCAUCUGGUGGCUGCUGGAGAUCCACAUCAUCAAGAUCGUGUCAUGCUACAUCGUCCUGCACUCCGUCAGAGAGGUGUCUUUGUUCAACUCGGUGUUCCUGGCGUCCUGGGCCUUCGCUCUGCCUUACAGCCAGUACCGGCCUCUAGCCUCCAGUGUUUGCACCGUCUGGACAUGUAUUAUCAUCAUCUGUAAAAUGUUGUACCAGCUGAAGUCCAUCAACCCCGCCACCUACUCCAAGAACUGUACCAAGGCAGUCAACUCCACUAAGGAGUUGGAAGAGUCUCUGCUGUAUAAAGCACCCGUGGAUCCAACCAACUGGGUGGGCCUGAGGAAGUCUGAUGACCUGCUGGGUUACCUCAGGUAUAACCUCCUGAUGCUGGCUCUGUUGGCGUUCGAGGUGACCAUCUACCGCCAUCAGGAAUACUUCAGACUGAGGAACAAACUGUCGCCUCCCGCCGCCAGGAUCAUCUUCCACGACAUCACACGGCAGCACCUGGACAUCGGCAUCGUCUGCUUCUUCAAGUACUUCAUCAACUACUUCUUCUACAAGUUUGGCCUCGAGACGUGCCUGCUGCUGGUGGUCAAUGUGAUCGGGCAGCGGAUGGACUUCUACGCCAUGCUUCAUGCCUUUGCCCUGAUAGCCGUCAUGUACAGACGACGAAGGAAAGCCAUCGCUGAGAUCUGGCCCAAGUACUGCUGCUUCCUGGCCUGCAUGCUGACGUUCCAGUACUUGGUCUGUGUCGGGAUCCCGCCUGCUGCCUGUAAAGAUUAUCCCUGGAGGUUUCCCGGUUCUUCUACUGACUCCAACGUGGUCAAAUGGCUCUAUGUUCCAGAUUUCCUCACCAAGCCCAACCCAUGGUUCCUCAUCUAUGACUUCAUGUUGCUGCUCUGUGCCUCUCUUCAGAGGCAGAUUUUUGAUGAUGAGAACAAGGCGGCCGUCCGCCUCAUGGCCGGCGACAACGUUGAGAUCUGCAGAGAUUUAGACGCCGCCUCCUUCAGCGUCCACAACCCCGUCCCUGACUUCAUCCACUGCAGGUCCUACCUGGACAUGCUGAAGGUGAUUAUGUUCAGCUACCUGUUCUGGUUCGUCCUCACCAUCAUCUUCAUCACUGGGACUACGCGGAUCAGCGUCUUCUGCAUGGGUUACCUGGUGGCCUGCUUCUACUUCCUGCUGUUUGGAGGUGACCUGUUGCUGAAGCCCAUCAAGAAGAUCCUCCACUACUGGGACUUCCUGAUCGCCUACAACAUCUUUGUCAUCACCAUGAAGAACAUUCUGUCUAUCCUGGCUUGUGGCUACAUUAAUUCUCUGAUGAAGAACUCGUGCUGGUUGAUCCAGUUGUUCAGUCUGGCCUGCACCAUCAAGGACUACAAACAAAACAUCAACCAGGACGGCAUACUCCCUGCAGACCAGUGUAACCUGCCCAGCGACGAGGCCGGCAUCAUCUGGGACAGCAUCUGCUUCGCCUUCCUGCUGCUGCAGAGACGAGUCUUCAUGAGCUACUACUUCCUCCACGUGGUGGCGGAUAUCAGAGCGUCGCAGAUCCUCGCGUCCAGAGGAGCCGAGCUGUUUCAGGCCACCAUAGUGAAGGCGGUGAGAGCCCGACUGGAGGAGGAACGAAAGUCUGUGGAGCAGCUGAAGAGACAGAUGGAGCGCAUUAAGGUCAGGCAGCAGAAGUUUAAAAGGGGCAAAGAGAGGAUGAUGAACCUGGCACAGGAGUCUGGAGAAGGACCAACGCUGGUCCAACCGGAUGACGAGGAUGAUGAUGAUGGAGCACAGCGAACGAAAGCCAAGGCCAAAAAAAAGCAGUGGUGGAGGCCGUGGGUUGACCAUGCUUCCAUGGUUAGAAGUGGAGACUAUUACUUAUUUGAAACCGACAGUGAGGAAGAAGAGGAAGAGGAGGAGAAAAAAGACGAGGAGCCGCCCAAGAAGUCGGCGUUUCAGCGAGCGAUCGGGAAGUUUGUCUCCGCUGUUCUGGCUUUGCCCAAGUCUAUCAUUAAGCUGCCUAAAACUGUGCUGCAGUAUGUAGUGAAGGCAGGAAAGUUCCUCUACCACGCCUGGAUCACCGACCCUAAAGCUGCUCUGAGGGCUCGGGCCAAAGACAGACGCAAGUUCUGGAAGAAAUACACCAGGGGGGUCAGAAAAAGGAAGAGCAAGAAGGAUGCAGGUCAUGUGACCAUCGAGGUUGGAGAGCUUUCUGAUGGGCAGGACAAGACGGAAGAGAACAAGAAGUCUGGUGGUCCAGACAACAUCAUCAAGCGAGUGUUCAACAUCAUAAAGUUCACCUGGGUGCUGUUCCAGACGACGGUCGACAGCUUCACCACGUGGAUGAACGACAUGUGCAGGGAGUACAUCGACAUCUCCACAGUGCUGAGGAUAGAGCGCUGCAUGCUCACCAGAGAGGUCAAGAAGGGCAAUGUGCCGUCCAGAGAGAGCAUCCACGUCUACUACCAGAAGGCCAUGAGGCUCAACAUGUCCAGACAGGCCAGCAUGGAUCAGCUCAGCGAGGACGAAUCGGCCUCGGGCUCCUCCAGCAGGGUGCGAAGGAGGCGGAGAGGAUACCCGAUGGAAAGUCAGGACUCAACGGCCUCCAGGGACAGCAUGUCCAGUGCCUUCACUGAGGCCACCACGCUGUUUUCUCGCCAGUCCACCCUGGACGACCUGGACGCAGAGUUCAUUCCCAAAACCAGCGAGCGCGCCAGGCCCAAGCUGCGUAAGAUGUACGGCCUGGACGUGUCCAACUCGUCCGUGGACAGCGGCAGCAGCUUCAUCUCCAGUGAGACGACCCAGUGUGUCAUGCUCUACUCCAGACAGGGAACUACAGACACCAUAGAAGAAGUGGAGGACGAGCAGGACCAGGGUGAAGAGCGGCAGCAGGUUCCCUGGGAGUCCCAGCAGCUGGAUGAGAGUGAGGAGGCUGAGGGUGGACCCUGGAGUGAUGGAGAACCUGUGGAGGAACAGGAGGACGAACAUUGUGAAGACAGUGAGGAAGGUGAGGAGGAGCUACAGGGAAUUGAGGUACCAGAGGACCAGGAAAGAGAGGAGGCUCCCUGGGAGUCCUUUGGUCCAGAUGAGGGCCCCUCCUUAAGGCCGGAGGAGACGGAGUCUGGCCCCUCUGGUCAGGAGAACGACUUCAUCACUGAGAGUGAAGAUGGAGGACAGCAGGACUUCAUGCAGACAGAAUCCCAGGCUGGGCUCCUCUACACUCCUGACACAGACGCUUCCAAAACAUCUGAUGCUGACGUACCUCCCAGUUAUAGCAAAGCAGUCAGCUUUGACCGUCUGGAGGUUAGCGACGAUGAGAGCGACAUGGAGGACAGGAAGAGGCGAAUGCUGAUGACCUCAGACAGCCGCUCAGACAGCAGGUCUGACAUCAUGCUGCCUUCAAUGACCACCGAGCUGACCGCCAGCGAUCUGCUGCUCAACAAGAUGUUUUAUGAUGAGGAGCUGGAGCAGUCGGAUAAGUUCUACCGCGGCCAGCCUCUGAUCCUGCAGCUCUGCUACGCCCUCUACAACAUGCUGGUGGCGCACUCGGAAUUCGUGUGCUACCUGGUCAUCAUCAUCAAUCACAUGGUGUCAGCCUCCUGUGUCACUCUGGUCCUUCCCAUCACCAUCUUCCUGUGGGCCAUGCUGUCGGUGCCUCGGCCCAGCAAGCGCUACUGGAUGACUGCCAUCGUCUACACAGAGGUCACCAUCGUCAUCAAGUACCUCUUCCAGUUUGGCUUCUUCCCCUUUAACCAGAGCAACGCAUAUAAGAAUCAGCCAUAUCACCCUCCCAACAUCAUCGGCGUGGAGAAGAAAGACGGUUACGUCCACUAUGACCUGGUCCAGUUACUGGCUCUCUUCUUCCACAGGUCCAUCCUGAAGUGCCACGGGCUGUGGGACGAAGACGACCCCAAAGAGAAGAAGGAGGCUUCCCGUCAGAGUGAGUCUGAGGAUGAAGGAAAAGAGAAGGAGAAGGAGGAGAGUGAGAAGGAGUCUGAACCUGCCUCGUCGCUGAUCAGUGAGAGGAGGAGUUCCACUCACACCUUGAGGUCCUUAAACUUCAGGACGUCCAUAGAUUCAGGACACGUCCAGGUGCAUUUCACAACGCAGCAGACCUACCAGCGACGCAAAAGCUCCAGCGGAGGCUCGCUGUCUCAUCGAUCCCUCCACUCAUCGGCAAGGUCCAAGAGAGGAAGUACUGCUUCCCACAACAGCAGCCGCAAGGACGGCAGCGAGGCCAGUGUCCAUCAGAAGACCCGCAAAGAGAUGAUCAUAGAGAAGCUGAGGGAGCAGGUCUUCAAAGCAAAAGCCUUCGUCAUAAAGCGGUUCAUGGAUUUCUACAUUCCCAUCAGGCAGUUCUUCUAUAACCUGAUCCAUCCAGAAUACAGCGCAGUCACAGACGUCUAUGUGCUGAUGUUCCUCGCUGACACAGUCGACUUCAUCAUCAUCGUGUUUGGCUUCUGGGCGUUUGGGAAACACUCGGCGGCGGACAUCACGUCGUCUCUGUCGGAGGAUCAGGUGCCGGGACCCUUCCUGGUCAUGGUUCUGAUCCAGUUCGGUACCAUGGUGGUGGACCGGGCCCUCUACCUCAGAAAGUCUGUUAUGGGCAAAGUCAUCUUCCAGGUCCUCUUGGUGUUUGGCAUCCACUUCUGGAUGUUCUUCAUCCUGCCGCACGUCACAGCAAAGCGUUUCGCUGAGAACACCGUGGCUCAGAUGUGGUAUUUCGUCAAGUGCAUCUACUUCGGGCUGUCAGCCUAUCAGAUCCGCUGUGGUUAUCCCACCCGUGUCCUGGGGAACUUCCUCACCAAGAGCUACAAUUAUGUCAACCUCUUCCUGUUCCAGGGGUUCCGCCUGGUACCGUUCCUGACGGAGCUGCGAGCCGUGAUGGACUGGGUUUGGACGGACACCUCACUGUCUCUGUCCAGCUGGAUCUGUGUGGAGGACAUCUACGCUCACAUCUUCAUCCUCAAAUGCUGGAGGGAGUCUGAGAAGAGGUACCCCCAGCCACGAGGCCAGAAGAAGAAGAAGGUGGUGAAGUACGGGAUGGGAGGGAUGAUCGUGGUGCUGCUGAUCUGCAUCGUCUGGUUCCCGCUGCUCUUCAUGUCCCUUGUAAAGUCUGUAGCCGGAGUCGUCAACCCGCCGCUGGACGUAUCGCUGAAGAUCACCCUGGCAGGCUUUCAGCCCAUCUUCACCAUGAGCGCUCAACAGACCGCACUAAAGAAUGUGACAGAGGCCGAGUUUAAGAAAUUUAUGGGAAUAUUUGACAAGAAUGAUAUAGCCUUGGAGUGGCUGGAGAGCUAUUUUCCAGAGGAUCUGAUCAUCGCGAAGCUAAAAGGCAGCUCCAACUCUCUGUGGACCAUCAGUCCUCCCAGCAGAAUCAACCUCAUGGAAAUGUUGAAUUCCACAGAGGAGUUUCCCAUCACUGUGUCCUGGUCUGUGCAACGAGAGCUCAGUCGAGGAGCCAAAGCUGAAACAGCGUCGGGAAAACUCAUACAAAAACUGGACGAUGAAACAAAGAAGGAGCUCAUCAAGAUCCUCAGCGGGCAGUCGAAAGACUCCAAAGUGACUCUGACAAAAAUCAUGCCUCGGUUUAUUCGAGCCCCCAGUGACUCAGAUGCAAAGCCUGUAACGGAGCUUCAAGAAGAGGACAAUCUGGGAAACAUAACCCUAACCCUGAAGCGAGCUCAGAAUACAUCGGAACAGGUCCAAGAAUGGUGGACUGUGAACCAGACGGAGCCCGGCCCCUUAGACGAAAAAAAUAGGACUGACGUUGGCGUGGACCUGUACGUGUUCAGUGACCAAGUCAGCCCACCCAGUCUGGGCUUCCUGGCUGGAUAUGGCAUCAUGGGUCUGUACGCCUCCGUGGUUCUGGUCAUCGGGAAGUUUGUGCGCGAGUUCUUCAGCGGCAUUUCCCACACCAUCAUGUUCGAGGAGCUGCCCAACGUGGACCGGAUCCUCAAGCUGUGCACCGACAUCUUCCUGGUGCGAGAGACGGGCGAGCUGGACCUGGAGGAGGACAUGUACUCCAAACUCAUCUUCCUCUACCGCUCGCCGGAGACCAUGAUCAAGUGGACCCGGGAGAAGACUCAGUGAUGGACCGGAGGAAGGUGUUCUUCGUUCAGUCGCUCUGCAGGUGGGAGCAGCUGUUUCAGGCCCACAAGGACCAGAUUCCUCCUCUUCAGCUGGGCUCGGACGGCCCAAAUGUGAAAAAACACAUUUCUGAGUUACAAACUGGUGUUUUUUUUACAAUCAAGCAACAACAGUAACAGUCACAUUAUUGAAAUUUGAGCACAGAUUUGCAGGUGCUGUAUUUAUGGUGGAUUAAAUGAACAGCUGGAGGUCUUUCCUAAGCUAUAAUCACUAAUGUAAAAGGAGAUUUUGAAACACCUGCCUCUUAACGUUUUCACAAUUGCAUGGCAGGUGGAGAGAAACACUAACUGGCUGCAACUUUACUCUUUAAGGGCUUCCUACCGACAAAUACGUGCACAAAAACGACCACACGAGCACAAUCUCAUACUGUCUCCAACUGGAACGUUCGGAUGGUGGGACUGUGCAAUACUGAGCUCCUGUUCUGCAGGUUUUAGAGGACGUGGAGCACAUAAAACGGUCAUUUCCAACUAAAAAAACACCAACUUCAAGGCAACUUUCUGUUUUUUUUAAUUGUCAGAUAAUAAGCGGAUACAAAACCAUCAUCAGACAAUCUGUUUGUAUGAGAAGAACUCUUACAUAUCUUUUCUCAGGAAGAGCUGUUUUCACAGAUGUCCAUUGUGUAUGUUACAACGUGUAGGCUUUGUUGGAUGUAAAAGAGGUCAUAGAAGAAGGUGAGAACUAUUUAAAUGGCAUGAAAUAUAACGUGGAAGCUGUUUGUUUACUGCACAGGGACACAGAUAGAGGAUGCACUGAGGAGGGGAACGUGUCGCCGUGGACUCUAUUUCUUUACAGAGAUUUUUGCCAAUCCUCUGACGUUCUUCAUCGCCCACCGGUCGACUGGUGGAGACGAGGUCAGCAGAGGGCUGUUUCUGAAUCAGGGUAACGUGCAUUAAGGUGGCGGCACUUUAUCGCCUCGCUGGUUUUCAUCCUCACCAACACUGUGGCACCUUCAGCCGUGCAUCAAGGAAGACAAAAAAAAAAGAUUCCUCACACGAAGGGCUGAGACUUGGAGCCCUUUGGUCCAAACUAUGCAUUAGAGGACACUGUAGCAUGAGAGACUAACUUCAUUAUUGCCAUGAGUAACUUUCAGUAGGUGUACAUAGGGGCUAGGAUGAAAUGUGAACCUGUAUGCUAAGGCCAUGUGGUAUGAUAGAGGUCCAGAGAUCUGCUAAUAAAACAUGUGGAAAGGUG